CAAAUUAUUACAUGCAGCCGCAGUCACAGCAGCAUCAGCAACCCUUUUACAUCUUUGGGCGUUCCCUGCUCAGCAACAACAACAACAACAACAACAACAACAACAACAACAACAACAACAACAACAACAACAACAACAACAACAACAACAACAACAACAACAACAACAACAACAACAACAACAACAACAACAACAACAACAACAACAACAACAACAGCAUCAACAGUCACAGCAAUUUCAGCAACAGCAAUAGCAGUAACGCCCACAGCAAUUUCAACAACAGCAACAACCUCAACAACAGGGCAUUAUUUUUCAACCGGCAAAUCUACUUACCAGCACGCAGAUCAAGACUACUAUACCUUUCAACGGAAUGAUGACAAACGAGAAUGUCAUGAAUUACG